AAUGUCACGGCGAACUCCCGCACGGCUGUAUACGGGAUGCCAGAGAGGCGGCGCAGAGGCACUCGCGCUGUGAGGUUGGUGAGCCUCGGCCCCGCUCCUUAGUAACGCGGGUAGCGGUGCACAGAGCCCACGACGGACAUCUGGCCGCGGGUAUUUGAGCGCGGGGCAGAACCCGGCAGGGAGGGCGGGGACACAGAGAAAGGCCGGCACUCAGCAGAGCACUGAGACGCGUUCGGCUUAGGUCAUUCUUCCGCGCCGGCCAGCUGGCAGCCGAUUGGCCCGUGGGCUCGGGGGCGUGGCCCUAGCGGCUGAGGUGUGCGAGGGCGCGCGGGCCGUUGGUCCAGCCCUCCCGCCUCGCGGCGACCAGGUCUUCCUCCGUGCCCUGGGACACUGACCCCCGGAGGCAUGGCUGGAGUCCCCGCGCCGGGCAGCAGGAGGCGGAGCGGGUUCCCGGCGCCUAGCUCUGGCCCGCCGCCCAGCAUCGGGCACCCUCCGAGCAAGCGAGCCCGGGGCUUCCCUGCGGCCGUCGCACCGGACCCCGAAGACCCGUUCAGCGCGCACGGAGAUUUCACCGCCGACGACCUGGAGGAACUCGACACUCUCGCGUCGCAGGCCCUGAGCCAGUGCCCGGCCGCUCCUCGGGACGUGUCCAAUAUUCAUAAGGUCCCCAGAUUAGAUGGGAUGUCAAAGACUCCUGCAGGAAAAAACAGAGAAUAUGUUCCAGUUAAAGAUAAUUUUGAAUUAGAGGUACUUCAGGCACAAUACAAAGAACUUAAAGAAAAGAUGAAAGCAAUGGAAGAAGAAGUUCUCAUUAAAAAUGGAGAAAUAAAAAUUUUGCGGGACUCACUGCAUCAGACAGAAUCCAUUCUAGAGGAACAGAGAAGAUCACAUUUCCUCCUUGAACAAGAGAAAACUCAAGCACUCAGUGACAAAGAAAAGGAAUUUUCCAAAAAGCUCCAGUCAUUGCAGUCUGAACUCCAAUUUAAAGAUGCAGAGAUGAAUGAAUUAAGGACAAAGCUUCAAAGCAGUGAACGAGCAAAUAAGUUGGCCGCCCCCUCCAUUCUCCAUGCCAGUCCUAGGAAAAGCCCUUCUGUGGCUCUAAAGCCGGAAGCAUGUUCUCCACAAUUCGGAAAGCCAUCAUUCCCUACAAAGGAGUCUUUUAGUGCUAACAUGUCCCUUCCCCACCUCUUCCAGACAGAACCAGGAUGCAAGGCCCUGGUGGGCAGAGAGGAGAAUAAGAGCCACAAUCUGGGAGGUGACCCCAUUAAGCAAGAAGACUCACAGAAAAGUCUUGUUGACAGCUUGAUGCAGAGAUCAGACACUCAAGGUUCCAUUUUGAUAAACCUUCUCCUGAAGCAGCCUUUGAUACCAGGGUCGUCCCUAGGUCUGUGCCACCUCGUGAGCAGUUGUUCUGAGGCCCCUGCCAGCACCCUACUGCAGCCACUGGCAUACGGCAGUACCUUGACUGGGAUUCCAAGCCUGAGGACCACAGGUUCUCGCGAUGGGCCAUUUCCCCACUUGGCCCUCAGAGAAGCUCAGAACCUGGCACUCACUGGAUUGAACCUGGUUGCCAGGGACAAAGGCUCAUGUGAGGGAGACCCCGCAGAGGGAGGCAGAAGGGCCUUCCCACUCUGCCAGCUCCCCGGGGCCGUGCAUCUCCUCCCCCUGGUACAGUUCUUCAUCGCCUUACACUGCCAGGCUCUGCAAAAUCUGGUGGCAGUCAGGAGAAGUGGAGCGCCUGCAGACUCACCGACGAGCUCCUCCUGCAUGAGCGCUGGGGGAGAGGCCAGCCUCGAGGACUCACUGUGCAACCUGGAAGGCUUCUCUGUGGCUUCACUUACUGUUCUUCAGCACCUGGUGUGCCACAGCGGGGCGGUCGUCCACCUAUUAUUGUCAGAUGCAGGGGUGGAUUCUGCCACUAGGGAAGGAAAUCCGAGUCUGGUUCACAGACAAGAUCACGAGGAUGUGUCAUCAGUCCCCAAGGGGCUUACCGAAGACCAAGGCCAGCAUCCGCUACUGAAGAUGCUUCUUCAACUGUUGACUUUCUCCUCUGGAGCAACAGGUCACCUUCAAGCCAGUGUCCUGAGCCAGUGUCUUAAGAUUUUGGUGAAAUUAGCAGAAAACACUUCCUUUGAUUUCCUGCCCAGGUAUAACAUAGCAUGGGAAAUGCGGUGUCUGCGGGACACAGUGUUGCUGCUGCACAGCCUCUCCCAGAAGGACAAGCUCUUCACUGUGCACUGUGUAGAGGUCCUGCAUCAGUAUGACCAGGUGAUGCCAGGGGUCAGCAUGCUGAUUCGAGGGCUUCCUGAUGUGACAGACUGUGAAGAGGCAGCCCUGGAUGACCUUUGUGCUGCUGAAACAGAUGUGGAAGACCCCGAGAUGGACUGUAGCUGAGGCCAGUGAGCACAGAGCCACAUGAUGGCACCAGAACCACGACUUUCCUCACCACAUCAGCUGAUUAAAAGCAGUGAAGGGCUGUCUGAGAACACGCCA